GCAAAGGGUCGAUGUUGAAGCUGUACAUCUGAGAUUAACUACCAAAUAUCAUGACCAUGGGGAGGAUCAUAUUCUAUGAGGACCGCGACUUCCAGGGUCGCUCCUAUGAGACCAGCAGUGACUGCCCCGAGCUCACCUCCUACUUGAGCAGGUGUAACUCCUGCAGGGUGGAGAACGGCCUCUUCAUGGUCUACGAGAAGCCCAACUUCAUGGGCCACCAGAUGCUGGCGAGGAGGGGCGAGUAUCCAGACAACCAGCGCCUGAUGGGAACGAGCAUGAGCGACUGCAUCAGAUCCUGUCGCAUGAUCCCCACGCACAGGGGACCCUUCCGAGUGAGGGUCUAUGAGAGGGAGAACUUCGGAGGCCAGAUGCAAGAGCUGAUGGACGACUGCGACAACAUGAUGGAUCGCUUCCGCAUGUCCGACUUCCAGUCCUGCAACGUGUUGGAAGGCCACUGGCUGAUGUUCGAGCAGCCCAACUUCAGAGGCAAGAUGCUGUACCUCAGGCCAGGAGAGUACAGGAACCUCCGCGACAUCGGGAUGAGCAACACGACAAGGUUCAGCUCCAUCAGACGGAUCAUGGACUCCUGUUGAUCUAAACUAUGAAUGUACCAUGUGAAAAACAAAUAAAGCAAAGCUGAAAUCCA